AUGAAUAUUUCACAUCCUCUUGGACUUCAAGCUAAUUCUGUUGCAUUUUCUUGCUAUACACCAGAAGAAUUAAGAAAAUUAUCAGUGAAAGAAAUAUUUAAUCCAGCUACCUUCGAUGAAUUCGGUUUACCUGUACCCAGUGGGUCUUAUGACCCCGCAUUAGGACCUUUUAGUCAAAAUUCGGUUUGUGCAACUUGUUAUUUGGAUCAGUUUAAUUGCCCAGGACACUUUGGUCAUAUAGAGCUUCCAUGUCCAGUUUAUAAUCCAUUAUUUUUUAAUCAUAUUAUAAUUCUACUAAAAGCAAUUUGUGUGAAAUGUCAUAGAUUCAGAAUUAGCGAAGUUCAGAAUUUUAAAUACAUUGCAAAGUUAAAAUUAUUAAAUCAUGGAUUACUUUUAGAAUCCAAGCAAAUUGAUUAUAUUGGCCAAUCCGAUUUAUUUGAAGAUUUUAAAAGUGACAUAAAAUCAAAUAAAGAUGUUUUCAAAUGUUCAGCAGUUAAUGCUGAAAGAAAAUUAGUAAUUGCAGAAUUAUUAGCCCAAUGUAAUAGAAAUAAGAAUUGUCCAUAUUGCGAUUCGCAUUAUCGAACAUUUAAAAAAGAAGGAUAUUCUAAAAUUUUUCUCAAACCAUUACCUCUCAAAAUUCAAAGAUUAGAAAGUGCAAGAAAUGAUGUGCCACAAAAUCGUGACGCAGAUGAUGACAUGGAAAUAGAUGAUGAAUUAGUAGGUAAUGAAAAAGCAAAUGAUCCAAAAAAAUCAAAAAAAAAUUUAUCACAAGAACCAUUACAGUCAUCGACUUUAUCAAAUACGGAAAACAAAUACGUCACACCAGAAAUAAUACGCAGUCAUUUUAGACAACUUUUCACUAAUGAAUCAGAAUUAUGUUCUUGUCUGUAUAAUAUGGAAACUUUUCCAAUAUCCCAAUUUGAAUAUGAUAACAAUAAUAAAGCUCUCAGAGCUGACAUAUUUUUUCUUGAAGUUAUUGGAGUCACCCCAGUUCGUUUUCGUCCCAUAUCUGUUCUUGAGGAAAUGGCCAUAGAAAAUUCUCAAACAAUUCAUUUUACCAGAAUAUUAAAAGCCAGAAAACAGCUAUGUUAUAUUGCUGGUCAGUUUAGUAAAGAUAAAGAAAAUAUUCUUGAAAAUUCUGUUGACAUUAACGAAUCAAUUGAUAAUUUGAUGAAUUAUUGGGUGAAUCUACAAGAUGCUGUUAAUGGAUUAUUUGAUAGCUCCAAAGGAAUUUAUUCAGGUAUUAAGGAUCCACCACCUGGAAUAAAACAAGUUCUAGAAAAAAAGGAAGGUUUAUUCAGAAAACAUUUGAUGGGAAAACGCGUAAAUUAUUCUGCUCGUUCUGUUAUUUCCCCUGAUCCAAACGUUGAUACCGAUGAAAUUGGAAUACCAAUGGAAUUUGCAAAAAAAUUAACAUUUCCUGAACCAGUGACCAUCUAUAAUAUUAAAAGAUUGAGUAAAGCUGUCACCAAUGGACCAAAUAUAUGGCCUGGUGCAACUCAUAUACAACAUGAAGAUGGCUCAUUAACAAAUUUAUCAAUGAUAUCUCAAAAAUCACGUAAUUCAAUAGGACAACAAUUGCUCAAUGAAGAACAUAAUAAAUCGUCGUUUACUCAAUAUAGAAUUAAUACUCAAUUUCUAAAUAAAAAGGUAUUUCGCCAUCUUGAUAAUGGUGACAUCUUACUUUUAAAUCGUCAACCUACUUUACAUAAACCUUCUAUAAUGGCUCAUAGAGCUCGAAUAUUAAAAGGUGAAAUGACUAUUAGAAUGCAUUAUGUAAAUUGUAAACCUUACAAUGCAGAUUUUGAUGGCGAUGAAAUGAAUGUUCAUUUUCCACAGAAUGAAGUGGCGCAAACUGAAGCAAAAAUGAUUGGAAAUGCAAAUAAACAAUACCUUGGCCCAACAACUGGUUCGCCACUAAGAGGAUUGAUCCAAGAUCAUGUAGUUACAGGUGUUUGGUUAACUUGUAAAGAUACAUUUCUUACUAAAGGGGAAUACCAGCAACUUUUAUUUACCUCAUUAAAACCUGAUCCAAAAGAUUCAAGAAAAAUCUUAAAUUUACAUCCUGCUAUUAUAAAACCAAAGGAAUUAUGGACCGGAAAACAAUUGAUAAGUACAAUUUUAUAUAAUAUGACAUAUAAUCGACAAUCAUUAAAUUUGACUUCGAAAAAUAAUGUUUCUGAUGAACAAUGGGGAUGGAGUGGAAAAGAGGAGGGUACAGUGAUUUUUCUGGACGGUGAAUUACUAGUUGGCAUACUUGACAAAUCACAAUUUGGUACAAGUGCUUAUGGUUUUAUUCAUUCAUGUUAUGAAAUUUAUUCAGAUGAGAUAGCUGGUCAGUUGUUGAGUAUGUUGGGUCGAUUGUUUACAGCCUAUGUUCAAAUGAAAGGAUUUAGUUGCCGAAUGGAUGAUUUGCAAUUAAAUACUGAUGGUGAUAUUGGAAGAAAAAAUUUAUUGAAUUCAGCAAAAAAUAUUGGAAGAAAUGCUGCAUUUGAAUAUGUUAAAAUGGAUUAUAAUACUGUUAAAGAUUCUAUACCAACUAAAAAUAAAGAAUUUGUAAAAGCAAUGGAGGAAGUAUUUAGAGAUCCAGAAAAAUAUCAAGGACUUGAAACGCUGAUGAAAUCAAGAAUUAGUGGUUUAACAACAUCAGUUAUAUCAACUUGUAUUCCUAAUGGCCUGUUGAAAAAAUUUCCACAUAAUAAUAUGCAAAUGAUGAUUAUACCAGGGGCAAAAGGAAGUAAAGUUAAUGCUGCGCAAAUUUCUUGCUGCCUAGGUCAACAAGAAUUAGAAGGAAAACGUGUUCCUAUGAUGAUAAGUGGUAGGUCACUUCCAUCUUUCAUGCCUUAUGAUCCUUCAGCAAUUGCUGGUGGGUUUAUUGGUGGUAGAUUUUUGACUGGUAUUAAACCACAGGAAUAUUUUUUUCAUUGUAUGGCUGGUCGUGAAGGUUUAAUUGAUACAGCAGUGAAGACAAGUCGAUCUGGAUAUCUACAACGGUGUCUGAUUAAACAUUUAGAAAGCCUAUGUGUUCAUUAUGAUCACACAGUGAGAGAUGGUGAUGGUUCAGUAAUACAAUUUCAUUAUGGUGAAGAUUCAUUAGAUGUUACCAAACAAAAACAUCUUUAUGAAUUCAAAUUCAAUGCCCAAAACUAUAAAUCUUUAAUAGAAAAUUUUAAUAUUUUACAAGCAUCUGAACAUCUUGAUAUUUCUACUGCAUCGUAUUAUGCAAAAAUGGCAGCAAAACAACCUAAUAAGUUUGAUCCAGUACUUUCCAAAUUCUCCCCAAGUAAACAUUUAGGUUCUGUUUCAGAAAAAUUUAGUAGCAAAUUGGAAGAGUAUAUUAAAGAAAAUCCAGAUAAUAUACUUGAUAAUAAUAAUAGUAACAGUGGUGAUGAUUUGUUAAGCAAAGUAGCAUUUAGAAAAUUGAUGCACUUCAAAUACCUUAACAGUUUGGUGGAACCAGGCGAGGCUGUUGGAUUACUUGCAGCACAAGGUAUUGGUGAACCAUCAACCCAAAUGACAUUGAACACAUUUCAUUUUGCUGGUUUUGGUGAAAUGAAUGUGACACUGGGUAUACCGCGACUUCGUGAAAUAAUUAUGACUGCAUCACGCACUAUUAAAACACCAAUGAUGAAACUCACGGUACUUGAUGGAGUCUCUGAUACAAAAAUAUCCGAGUUUUGUCAGAGUUUUAGUAAAUUGACAUUAUCAGAAGUGAUCGAUAAGAUGACUGUCACCGAAUAUAUUUCAAGAAAGCGUGAUGGAUCAGGAUCAUUACGUAAUAAAAUUUAUAGAAUUCGUAUGGAUUUUUUCCCAAGAAAUGAGUACAAAGAAGAAUUUAAUGUUGACGAAUGGCAGAUUAAAGAAGUUAUUGAAAAGAUAUAUAUUCCUCGUCUUGAAGUUUUUAUUACCAAAGAAUUAAAAAAGUUUUCCAAAAAUGUAGAUGAUUCUACUAAUUUUGAUAAACUACUUAAAAAAGCCAAAGAAUCUGAUAAACAAUUUAAUGAAGAUGAAGAUGUACCAAGUCCUAAUUUUAAUGGAAAUGAAUCUGAUGACGGUGAUGGUGAUGCAACAACUGCACGUAUCAAUAAGCGAACCAAACAACAUGCUUCAUAUGAUGCACCAGAUGAAGAUGAUCUUGAAGUUAUUAAACAAAAUGAUGAUGAGCUUGAUAAAAUUGAUUUGAUAAAAAUAAUUGACGAAACAUUUAUAAAAAACAAAAUUAUCACAAAUUCAUUGUACGCUUCUAAUUACGAAUUUGAUGAUAAAGAUGGUGGUUGGUGUGAAAUAGAAUUAAUGUUUCCUGCUGGUACUAGAAAGAUACUAUUGUUACCGUUAGCAGAAAUGGCUAGUAAAAUGUCAGUGAUACAUGAAGUUAGAGGAGUGACUAAAUGUCAGCAGAUUACCAAUGAUAAUGAAAAUGAUAAAACAAAAUCACUAGUGACAAAUGGAGUAAAUUUUCAAAGUUUAUGGAAAUAUGAUAAAUUAAUUGAUAUAAAUAAUAUAUAUUCUAAUGAUAUUGCUGCAAUACUUAAGACUUAUGGAGUUGAAGCAGCAAGAAUGGCAAUUAUAAGAGAAAUUUCAGAAGUUUUUGGGCUUUAUGGUAUAAAGAUAGAUAUAAGGCAUUUGUCUUUAGUAGCUGAUUAUAUGACAUUUGAUGGAAAGUAUAAACCAUUUAAUAGAAUUGGUAUUGACUCAAAUGCUUCACCUUUCUUAAAAAUGAGUUUUGAGACUACAUGUAAUUUCUUAACACAAGCAACGCUCUAUAGUGAUAAUGAUUUAUUGCAAACACCAUCUUCAAGAUUAGUAUUUGGUAAAGUGGUGCAAGGUGGAACUGGUUCAUUUGAAGUUAGAUAUCCUUGUGAUGAUAUAAAAUUUGAAAAUUAA